AUGUUUAAAAGACAUUGUUUUUUAUCAUAUUACUUACAAGAGGUUAUACCAUACUCAAAAUAUGUUUUAUUCAUUGAUGCAGAUAUUGGUGUAAUUAAUCCAAUACAUAAUUUAACUAAGUAUUUACCUGUUGGAAAUGAAGAAAUAUUAUUUGAGGAACGUAUAUUUAAUUAUGAAAUAUCAGCUGGAUCUUAUUUUAUAAGAAAUAGUAUAUAUACACGUAAAUUAUUAUUAAAAUGGGCUGAAUUUGAAAAAUAUAUACCAAAUAGUUUUACAGGUAGUGAUAAUGUAGCAUUACAUCCUUAUUUAUUAAAAUAUAUUCCUAAAAAUUAUAAAAAUGGUACAUUUAUAUGUAAUGAAAUUUGGUAUAAAAGUAAAUCAUUUUAUGACACAGAACGUUAUGUAGCAUGUAUAAAAUAUUUUAUGAAUAAUUAUUUUAUAAAAACAAAUAAUUAUAAUGAUAAUGAAUAUUAUUUAGAUAAUGGUAAAAUAAAAAUAAUCAAAAAAUUAUCUAAAAGAAAAUGGGUCCGAGAUGUAUGGUUAAUUGAUAAUCAAUUUAGUGAAAAUGAUUUUAUGUUACAUGGAUUAAAAAAAAGUGCUAUUAAUUCAAAUGAUUUUGGUUCAUGGAAACAAAUACCAUAUGAAUGUUCAGAAAUAAAGUAUACAGAAGAAUUUGAUAAAUCUUUAUUAACUUUUACAAACUAUAAAAAUUUUCAAAUUUUACCUAAUAUUAUUAAAAGUAAUAACUAUAGUUACGAUAAUAAUAUUAUACUUAUUCUACAUAUUAGUAGUGAUCAAAAAUUUGAUAAACUCAAAAAUCAUUUACAAAAUUGGGAAGGAUAUAUUUCAUUAGCUGUAUAUUUAACUUCAUCAUUUACUUAUACAUUUGAAACAAUAUGUACAUAUUGUAAAAUAAAAGAAAUUAUAGGGAAAUCCAAUAAAUUAUCAGUUCAUUUUGUUUAUAAAAAUUUAAUAAACAAUACAAUUGAUACUUAUUUAUUUUCACACACAUUAAAAAGUAUUUGUUAUAAAUAUCCAAUUACUUAUUCAAAAGCAAUAUGUACAAAAAAACUUGCAAAUGAAAGUGAAAUUGCUACUAAAAUGAGUAAUUAUCCUGUUAAUAUUUUACGAAAUGUUGCAAGAAAAUUUUCAUAUAGUAAAUAUAUUCUUAUAGGUGAUGUAGAUCAUAUGUUUUCAAAAAAUUUUCAUAAUAAAAUGUUAAAUGUUGCAAAAAAAGUAUUAAGUGAAAAUAAUAAGAAUGCUCUUGUUUAUAGAAUUUUUGAAGUAGAAACAAAAAAUUUAACAAAUGCUCCAUUAACUAAAAAAGAAUUAAAGAAACAAUUAUUAUUAAAGAAAGCUUUUAUUUUUCAUCAUACAUAUAAAGGUGCACAUUCUAUAUCUAGAUUAGAUGAAUGGUUAUCAAUUGAAGAUCAAGAAACACCUGACAUACAAUUUGAAGCAAUAUAUGAUAGAUUUAAAUGGGAACCACAAUUUGUCAGUUUAAGUAAUAUACCUUAUCAUGAUGAAACAUUUCCAUAUCCAAAUAGAGAUAAUACUGUUCUACGUUGGGAAAUGUGUAGAAGUGGUUAUAAAUUUUUAGUUGUAAAUGAUGUUUUUAUGUUUCAUCUUGGAUUUAAGGAAAACGGUGAAUCAAAAGCUGUAUCAAUUGCAAGAUAUUUAACUCGCAACCAAUUAAACAAAUCAUUAGAAAAAUUUAAAAAACUAAUGGAUAUAAAAUAUCCAUCUACUGCUAAGAAAUGUCCUAUAAGUAAUUAA